AUGAAAAUGUGUCUGACGUUAGUUCUGUGUUUCUGUUUCUGUGUAUUUCACGUAACCGCAGAUAGAAUUUACUAUCCUUAUGAAUACCGAAGCGCGCCGGGCGACAUGGAAUCAAAAGCAUUACCGUUUCAAAAUUCAAAUAUACAAAAUAACAUGAGGCCGCCACAGAUUAUACAUAUAUCUCAACCUAAGCCCUUGACAGAUGUCGAAAAAGGUAACGCACAUACCAAUUCAUUUACUGAAAUACUACAUAAAAUGGAUCAGAUGCCAAAAAACGAAGAAAGACCACAAAAUCCUCGCACGACCAGUGAAGAUUUAUCUAAUCGAGCGUCUUUCGAACCAAAAACAUCAUUUGAACCGUGGAUACCGUCUUUUCAAGAGAAAUCGAUACUUUUACCACCUGUUAAAUUCGACCAUGAAGGUUUGAACCCAUUCCCGCCGAAAUUGGAUUUGCUUGCACCAGUUGCGGAGAAAGUGUCUGGUAAACUUAAUGGUCUAGUGGAGUUAAUCCAUGCUAUAGUUGGGAAUUCCAACAAUUUUUUAGUGAGGGGAUUUAAACAAAUUGUUAUCGAUGGAAUCAUAAGACCGAUGUUGCUUUUAAAGGGAGGUUUAAAAGCAUUAAUAAGUAAAUUAGCGAUACCAUUAAUAUCUUUAUUGCUUAUUAACGUAGAGAUUUUGAUCACAGUGUGGUGGUUAUGGGACGACUGUAUAGUUCCGGAACCAAUAAAUGAACCGUUAAAGUUUAGAAAUGCUGCUAACACUACCGAAACAAGUUGA